AGCUCCUUAUUACAUCCAACAAAUGUCAACAAAAACAAACAAACAUAAUGUGUUGUUUGGAUGUUGUUAUGGUACUCUGGCGUGCUUGGUCAGAACUUGCCGUUGAGUGUGAAAUUUUUGUAUAAGGGCAAGACAGGGCAGGGCAUCCUUGUGUCUUCCAUCUGCAGUCAAAGCAAACACUUUUCAGUGCUCUUGUGGUUAUGGCCAUGUGGAGAGGAGACAGAAACAGCCUCUCACCUUUGGGACACAGGAGUGACCAGGGAUGGGAUGCUGACCUCGGGCGUAAAUCCUUCCGGAACACUCCUGGACCCUCAAGCCCCCUCACAUUCUUGGAUCAUGGCUUUUGGGACAACAGGUCUCUUUUCAAAGAUCAGAAAUCUUUAACAUGGAGUUCUAUAGGUUUAUCUGGAUCAAAUCGCUGCACAAAAAUGAGCAACAGCUCUCUCGACAGUCAUUGCAGACAGAAACAUGGAGGCGGUGUGGACAUCCAGAGAUGGUCGUCCACAUCUCGUCCAGACGGUGCUCCACGACCACAGUGUUCAAAAGAGGAGUUUGAGCUCAAAGCUGCACCAGAGGAAAGCAGCGUGAGAAGAGCAGAGCUCGUCCGGAGUCUCCGAGAGGCCAAAAGUCAUCUGGACGCUCAGACAGACCUUUGUAAAACCAGAGACACACAGCUUCAACACAACCACAGCAUCUCACAGUUUAUGGAAUUAAAGCACAAGCAGCUGUCUGAAACAGUGAGUGUUCUUGAACAAGACAAGGAAACAGCAGAGCAGAGCCACUUUAAUGAGAGCCGCCGUCGAGCAGAAUUACAGGACAAGGUUCUGCAGCUAGAGCUGGACAUUUUGAAGAUGAGGUCCAACCUUGAAAGAAGAACUCCACCCGCAUCACCAAACCCACUCAUCAACACUUCACCUGUUACAAAAGAUGAAAUCCUCAUAGAGGGACAAAAGCAGACUGAGAUGGAGACGAAAUGGCUCAGAGAAGCUCUCAGAAGAGCGGAGGAGAGAGUGGAUGAUCUUGAUUAUGAGAAAAAGGAUGCGCUGAGACAGCUCAAAUCUUAUAAAGAGAACCAACAAGAGGCCAUGAACCAAACAGAGGAGCUGAAACGAAGACUGAACCGUUCUGUACAGACCCAGACCGAGCUAAAAGAUCAGCUGAAAGAGUCCCAGAGUCGCCUGGAACAAAUGGAGCUGGAAAGAGACCUGCUGUCCACUAAGACACAGAGACUGGAAGACGGUCAGAAUGAUCUAAAGACCAAACUAUCUGGAGCUUUAAUGGAUAAGGACCGUCUUAUCCAGGAGAAAACUGAGCAACAUCAGAGGGUUCAGGCUUUGGAGCUGCAGUUACAGAGGGAGCAAAGAGGAAAGCAAAGCUUCAAUGAGCAGGUGUGUGAGCUCCAUACUGAACUGUCGCAAGCUAAGAACCAGGCCAGCAAACAGAAGAAAGACACGAUAUUCAGGAAGGAGGAGCUGCUUUCAUUGAAAGAGCUGAAUGAAAAGCUUUCGUCUGACCUGACCAGAUCUACAGAGAGGCUGCAAGUGACCUUAAAGCAGCUACAUGAACUGGAAGCGAACAAACUGAUCCAAACCAAUCAGAUUGCAGCACUGGAGACAGAGCGCUUUAAGCUGAUUGGAGAAAAUGCCAAUAAUGGAUUUCAAGAUGAAAUUGGAGAGUUGAAGGACAAAUGCUGCCAACAAAGGGAAUUGCUGGACAAUCUAAAGCUGGAGAAUCAGAAUCUUCAGGUAAAAUGUCAAGACCUGGAGAAAAAAGUGCAAAGCGUGGAGGCGGAGUACAACCUUAAGGAGGAGGGGCUACAGUGUGCAGGGGUGGGGUUUGAGCAGGAGAAGGAGGAGUUAAGGAAAGUAGCAGCUCACUGGAAUGAGAGGUGGCUGGAUGUGUCCAUGAUGUUAUGCGCGACGCAGGCCGAACUUGAAGGGGUCAAGAAACAACAGCAAGAGAACGAUGAAGUGUCGUCUGAAGAUGUUGAUGGAGAGUUGGCGCAGAUGAAGGAAGAGUUGAGGAAGGUGUCGGACUUGUUGAAGAUCAGAGACACCGAGCUGGUGGAGCGGCAGCGGGAGCUGCAGACCGCUUGCAGUCAGGUCUCACAGGAGAGCAGUGAGGUUGAGAGACUGAAGCAGCUACUGGCAGAAAGAGAUCAGAAACUAAGAGAAAAAGACCAAGAUCUGACCAAUCUGGAGAUACAGAGUGAGAAGGAGAAAGCAGAAGCUAAGGUCAAGCUAUCGGCUCUUGAACUGAAGCUUCGCAGAGAUAAAGAUCUGCACUCAGAAGAGGAAGUGGUCAGCAAUGACUACACUCAUGAGGACUUUGAAUCCCUGAGAGCUCUGUUAGAAGAAUAUAGCUGGACAGCGGAAGAGCUAAAGCAGGAGAGAGAUCAUGCUAUGCAACAACUGCAUGACCUUGAAUCGUCCCAGCAGUUUAAAGCAGAAAAACAGCCUUCACCAGAAGCCAAAAAACCUUCAGGUUUAGAUCCUAAUGAACAGAGGAGGCUGGUUACAGAACAGCUGAAAAGUCUGUUUAGAGAAAGAGAGCAGCGUGGAGAGAGAUCCGGCUUGUUUGAAAAUGAGGUCCAAAAUCCUAAAAGCAUUAAGCAACCCCUUUUGGACCCGAGUCUAACCUCUCCGUUGUGUGGUCAGAAACAUGUAGAGGAGCAAGAUCUCAAGCAGGGGGCAGCAAAGGAGUCUUCAUCCAAAACAAGUCCUAUUCCCAGGGGACCAAAGAUUUCUGAAAGAACAGAGCACACACAGAAGCCUGGCAGUAAGAAUGCACAGAUGUCUACACUGGGAGAGGAAAUGGAAAAUCUAACUGAGAGAGGUGAAAAUCUUAAAGACACAGUAAUAUCUCCUCAGUACAUUCAGAUGGUGAAAGCGAGAUCUCAGCCUAGUGAUGACAUGACAUUGAUCAGAGUAACCGGCUUACAAAACUUGAAGAAAGGAAAGGUCCGUCAGAAAAACUCACCCUUGGGCUGCAGGGACGGCACAUUCUAUGCCAGACAGAUCGAGGUUUGUGACUCAUCACAUGUGGAAGAGUCCAGUCGAGGAGGGGCGAGGGAAGACACACCGCUGAAAGAGUAAUGAUGAUAAAAAUAUUUUGUGAAUAUGUUAAAUGCACCUUAGUUUACAUUCAUUGUGAUACAGUACAGCCGAGCUAAAUGGUCAUGAACUCAUUUUCACAAGCAUGUUGGCAAAUUUUCUGUUUAACAUACAUUUAGUCAAACAUUGUCAUCGCUUGAACCGACUUUGAGUAACUUCAUGUUCAUAUUUAAGAUUUAAAAUAUACUUUAGUUUAUACAAUUAUCACUUUUUCCACAGCCUGUAAUUUAAUGAGCAAUUUCAAGAUUGUUU